CGCGAACCUCUCGAGCCUAGCAGGCGCGCCAGCCGCGGCCAUUCCUUCGGGCCCCCCUUCGUGGCGCGCCAGCCGCGGCCCUUCCUUCGCUCCAGCGUUCCAACCUGGAACAGCUCGACCGAGAUGCCCCCGCACGUAUGAGGCCGGCAGCGCAAGGAAACAGGCCAAAGAAGUAACGAGACGGACCGCCGGCCAUUCUCUAGCUUGCCGGGGCUGCCCCCGCCAGGCCACUAGGCGCCCGGGCCCCAUAUACGCGCGCCAGCCCGGGCGCGAGCCCGCCGGCGGUC